CAAGGCGAAGAAGACGCUACCUGUAAUCGUUAUGUUUCUCUUUCUCUACACAAGACCCCACCUUCCUAUAUAUAGGGGUCUUAUUGGUUUUCGGAUUCAUUUUAACUUUAGUGUCACUUCGGUUGAAAAUGAAAAGUGCCGUUUUGAUCGUGGGCCUUUUCGGCCUGGCUUUGGGGCAGUUCCCCAAUGGGAGGAUCCUCGAGCCCCCAGUGCCAGCACUAUGUGCCCAGAGGACCAUCCACGAAAGAACUCCAGACGGUAAGGGUUACUUCUUCAGCUGGCGCGACCCCGCGUUGAAAGACGUGCAGGAAGACUGGCUGGGAGGUCGCAACUACUGCCGCCAACGCUGCAUGGACCUAAUCUCUUUAGAAACAAGCGCUGAGAACGAAUGGAUCAAAAAACGCAUCGUAGACGAGAAGGUUAAAUAUAUUUGGACUUCCGGCCGCUUGUGCGACUUCAAGGGCUGCGACCGAGCCGACCUUCAACCCUUGCCCAUCAACGGAUGGUUCUGGACCGCGGUGCUCCAGAAACUGGCACCCACCACCCAGCGAGACCAAAACGACUGGUCGGAAAGCGGAGGCAUUGGCAAACCACAGCCUGAUAACAGGGAAGCCCAACAAGGGGGCGCCAGCGAAAACUGUCUCGCCAUUCUCAAUCAGUUUUAUAACGAUGGGGUUAACUGGCAUGAUGUGGCUUGCCACCACCGCAAGCCCUUCGUCUGUGAGGAGAACGAGGACUUGCUCAAGUACGUCCGUUACACCAACCCCAACUUGGCAGUUUAAUUUAGUGAUUUGAUGCUGUGGACUGACAAAUUAUGCAGCAUUUUACGAAUACGUUGUAAUUUAUUUUGUAAUUUAAGGCAGGGAAGCAUAAUAAAUAUUUCAUUUCAAAA